AAUCUUUAUUGUUUUUGUUAGAAUUAUUAAUUUGCUAUGCCCGUGCUUUCUUAUUGCAAAGCCUUCAAAGCUCUUCCCUCUUUCUUUUCUUUUCCAGCCCCCACACCCAGAACAAAGCCUUCUCCCAGCCCCACAACCAGAACAACACCAACCGCCUCACCCUCCACAACUACUAAAACCACUGUGUCCACAGAGUCGUCCACGGCCAGCACGCCAAAGACAACCCCAACCCCCACAACACCCAAACCCACCACCAGGACCACAUCUCCCUCCACCACAUCGACCUCUCACCCUACCACUCCAACCACCCCCACCACAACCUCCACCAAAUCUACUCCAACAAGCACGCACACCCCAACUACCACAAUAUCGCCCAUCACCCCCUUGCCAACCGUCACUCCGAUGCCACCGACGACACCCACACCCGUCUCCUCCACGGCAACGCCUACAGUCACCUAUACCACUCCGCUAAGCACCACCACUCCCACCACCACUACACCAACCACCACGGAAACGACCACGCCUCCAUCCACAACGACCACUUCGACUACAACUCACCCCGUCACCACCACAGAAACAACCCACAGUACCGUCACGACACACACCCCACCAGGUAAGGACCUAUCUCAGGAGGGAAGUCCCCUGUAUCCUUAUUUGCCUCUCUUUUGAAUGU